CUUUUGGCAUAUCUCUCACCGGCAGUGAGGCGGGGCUGAUUAGCAGCUUACUAUAAGGCUUUCUCGCUUUUCUCACUAUCACCUUGCUCCUUUUGUCAAUAUCAUCUGAAUUUACAAGGAUGACUGAAACGGGAACCGCAGGCUGUACAAGCCUAGCUGAUCCAGCUUUAUCAGACAAGAUCGACAGCCUAUUUGCUUGCAAUGUGGGCGAUUAUAUCGAUCUUCCGCAGCUGGUCGUCGUAGGCCUCACCCGACUGCCAUUCCCUCGCGACAGUGGAUUGUGCACGCGCUUCGCAACACAGCUCAUUUUUCGCCGCGACAAAAGCCUCACAACUAGAAAGAUUCAUUCCUCUAUCAUUCCUUCGUCGAAUGCGGAUUCUGAGAGGGAACGCGAGCUACGGGCAUGGGGUGCUGACUUUGAGGGGACCCUAAGCACUACUUCUUUUGCUCGGACCAUGAAAGAGGUGCACAAACUCAUGGACGUAUCAACUGUCGACGAGCCUAAUAGACCGACCUUCUCGACACAUGUCUUUCGAUUGGAGAUAUGUGGGCCGGACGAGGAUCAUCUGAGCGUCAUCGAUGUUCCAGGCAUUUUUAAAAUAGCUACCCCGGGCAGCACAACCAAAGCAGACAUCAGACUUGUCAGGAAUAUGGUCUUGGGAUACAUGAAGAACCCACGGUCCAUCAUGUUGACUGUCGUUGCGGCCAACGUCGAUGUGGCAAAUCAAGAAAUCAUCGAGAUAGCACGGGACCUAGACCCAGAGGAUGAUCGGACGCUCGGCGUCUUGACCAAGCCAGAUCUGGUUGACAAGGGUGCGAAGCAUAAGGUUCUAGACAUUGUCGCUGGACGAGAACUCCCUUUGAAGCACGGCAAGGAGGAGAUGGAGCAAGGAAUUGUUGAUAGAGAUUCUGCAGAAGCCGACUUUGAAAAAACUAAGUUGUGGAACACAGUCGCCGCGGACAGGUACGGCAUCAGCUCCCUAAAAUCGCGCUUGCAGGAAACGGUAACUGAGAAUGCGAGAAGAGCAUUUCCUCUUGUCCGGACUGAGAUCAACCAAAAGCUCAAAGAAGCCAAGACAGCGUUGGCGGCGCUGGGUAGUGAGAGAAAUACUACCAGCCAGCAACUGAGAUAUCUCCUGGAUGCGAUAACCAGGUUCAAUGCUGUGACGGCCCAAGCCCUAAGCACACACUAUGGUGCGGACAAGAACUUUGACAAAUACAAGGAGCUUCGCCUUGCAACUUUGGUUGUCAACCGGGAAGUAACUUUCGCAAGAUCGCACGGUAUCUAUGAAUGGCUACGAGAUGAAUAUCACAACUCACGAGGGUUUGAACUCAAUAAUUUCAGCAUUACUAUGUUGACCAAUGUCUUCAACAAGCAGACAAUGAAGUGGAAAAGCAUUGCGCUGGGCUAUCUCAGUGAGAUCAUCUUUAUUGUCCACAACUUCAUCAUGCGAAAUCUGCAGAUUUGCUUUGCGGAUCGACGAGUCUUUCGCAAUUUGCUGCCGUACCUCAUGGGCGACUUGCUAGACGUGUAUAAGGGCGCCAUGGACCAUGUGUGGCUUCUCCUAUACAUUGAGAGGGAGGGCACCCUAAAGACCUUGGACCAUUAUUUCAACGACCAACUGCAGAAAAUACGCCAGUCUCGGUGGAAGGCCUACGUUGAGCAAAAACAGGUCAACGGAAUCCUUCAUGUUGGCGACCUCGACUACCGACAGGACAUGAGCAACGAGAGCCACACUGUCCAAGACCUGCAUGAUAUCUUAGGGUCAUACUACAAGGUCGCGAUGAAUCGAUUUGUGGAUAACGUCAGCAUGCAAGCGGCCGAUUACCAUCUGGUGAAUGGACUUUGGCUAUUUAUUUAUCUUGGCACAACUUUAAUACAUUUCUAGUAUACCCAAUGAAAGCAC